AUGUCUCAACAGCCCAAUGCGGACCAGCUUCUUGCGUCCAUUCUGGCACCAGCUUCAUUAACAAGGUAUAACCGUAUAAAGCUGUACAACAAGGAUCGUGCCAAAAUAAUAGAAAAAGAGUUAGUGGAACUUUAUAAAAGUGGACGUGUGCAAAGACAAAUAGAUGAGGAUGAAUUUGAAGAAUUUGUGGGUAGUUUGUGCGAGGAGAGUGCACCACGUAUCAUUAUGAUGAGAAAACGGAAUGAAGGCGAUUUGUAGAUUGCUGUGGUAUUAAAGAUUCUUUUAUUGUGUGA